ACCAAGGUACCGAAGAAGGUGGCACAAACUGCGGCGAUUCUAAUGGCGGCGGCGUUCUCUCCUCCUCUACAGUUCUCCUCUACUCCUUCAUCAGCUUCCUCCUUCUCUGGCGACUCUCCCUCUGUUCAUUCGCUGAACUUUAACCCUCUCAAAUUGAGACCUUCCAGAGCAGUCUCAGUCCGCGCCUCCGCAGAUGAUUCCGUGGUGACGUUGCUUGAUUACGGUGCGGGGAAUGUGCGCAGUGUCAGAAAUGCAAUUCGAUUUCUCGGCUACGACAUCAAAGAUGUGCAAAAACCAGAGGAUAUAUUGAAUGCCAAGCGACUUGUUUUUCCCGGUGUUGGUGCAUUUGCACCUGCCAUGGAUGUGUUGGAAAAGAAGGGACUGGCUGAGGCACUCUGCACUUACAUUGAACAAGAUCGUCCCUUUCUAGGCAUUUGUCUUGGAUUGCAGCUACUUUUUGAGUCGAGUGAGGAAAACGGACCAGUCAAAGGUCUCGGUUUGAUCCCUGGAGUUGUUGGACGUUUUGAUUCGUCAAAUGGUUUCAGAGUACCUCAUAUUGGCUGGAAUGCUGUGAAAGUCACAAAAGACUCCCAAAUUUUGGAUGAUAUUGGAAACCGUCAUGUCUACUUUGUCCAUUCUUAUCGCGCAACCCCUUCAGAUGAUAAUAAAGAAUGGAUAUCUUCGACAUGCAACUAUGAUAGUGAUUUUAUAGCUUCCAUAAGAAGGGGAAAUGUUCACGCUGUUCAGUUCCAUCCGGAAAAGAGUGGUGAGGCUGGCCUCUCUGUCCUGAGAAGGUUUUUGUACCCGAAGUCUGAAAUUACAAAGGUGCCAGUUAAAGGGAGGGCGUCCAAACUUGCCAAGAGGGUCAUCGCUUGUCUUGAUGUGAGAGCAAAUGACAAUGGUGAUCUUGUUGUAACAAAAGGAGAUCAAUAUGACGUAAGAGAGCAGACCGUUGAAAAUGAGGUGAGAAACCUUGGCAAGCCAGUGGAACUUGCUGGACAAUAUUACAUGGAUGGAGCUGAUGAGGUCAGCUUUCUGAACAUUACUGGCUUCCGUGACUUCCCUCUAGGUGAUUUACCAAUGCUACAGGUGCUGAAGUAUGCAUCAGAGAAUGUUUUUGUUCCCUUGACAGUUGGAGGUGGCAUCCGGGAUUUUACUGAUGGAAAUGGCCGAUACUACUCAAGUUUAGAAGUUGCUUCAGAAUAUUUCCGAUCUGGUGCCGAUAAGGUCUCUAUUGGAAGUGAUGCAGUUUAUGCUGCAGAAGAGUAUCUAAAAACCAAAGUAAAAACUGGAAAGACUAGCAUAGAGCAAAUCUCUAGAGUAUAUGGAAAUCAGGCUGUGGUUAUAAGCAUUGAUCCUCGUCGGGUGUACUUGAAAGAUCCUAAUGAUGUAGAGUUCAAGUCAGUAAGAGUUUCAAAACCAGGUCCUAAUGGUGAGCAAUUUGCUUGGUACCAGUGCACGGUAAAUGGUGGGCGAGAAGGUCGAUCCAUCGGUGCAUAUGAGCUUGCAAAAGUUGUGGAAGAACUAGGAGCCGGAGAGAUACUCUUAAAUUGCAUUGACUGUGAUGGACAAGGUCAAGGCUUUGACAUCGAUCUAAUAAAGCUGAUCUCAGACGCUGUUAGUAUUCCAGUGAUAGCAAGUAGUGGUGCUGGGUCUGCUGAACAUUUCUCUGAAGUUUUCUCGAAAACAAAUGCCUCAGCUGCCCUUGCUGCCGGCAUUUUCCACCGCAAGGAGGUUCCCAUUCAAGCUGUUAAAGACCACCUACUUAAGGAAGGUGUAGAAGUAAGGGCGUGACAGAAGUGUCGGAGCCAGUGCAGCUCGGGCAGGGGCUUGGAUGGUGCUGGACCACGCGGUGGAACAAGAUGGGGUUGGGUGGUGAAGAAAUCUAGCAAACAUGGAGCUUGGGAGAUGGAGAAGAAAGAGAAGCAAUAAACAACUGCUUUAACUUUCAUGAAUUAAUUGAGGAAUCAACUUAGAAGUUAAAUUCAUAUCAAUACUAUUCCUUUUUCUAUAAAUAUGCUUCUUACUUUUGUU